AUGAAUUUUCUGCUCAGCAACGAAGAGAACGAGGCCAUUGCCGCCGUCGAGGCCAUCAAUGCGAUCAACAACACAAAUACGAUUCGGUCCGGCCACUCAACAUGUCUGCGUUUCAACCGAGGAGGCGACCUUCUUGCUUCUGGCAGAGUCGAUGGAACAGUGGUAAUUUGGGAUAUUGAGACUAUGGGAGUUGCCAGGAAGAUGCGCGGCCACAACAGGAGCAUUACAUCACUAAGCUGGUCAAGAUGCGGCCGGUAUCUGCUAUCGGCCUGUCAAGGGUGGAAGGCCAUUCUAUGGGAUCUCAAGGAUGGCAAAAGAUACCGCGAGGUUCGCUUUCGAGCCCCUGCCUACAUCGCCGAGCUCAAUCCCUUCAACCAUCACCAGUUUGUGGCCUCCAUCUUCGAAGAGCAACCAAUACUCGUGGACAUCUCAGACGUGAACGAUGUGAAAUACCCACUGCCAUCAGCGCCGAAGCACCCCGAGGGAGAAAGGACCGAGAAGCAGUUGAAAGAGGAUGCGAAACAGAUGACAACGGUUACGAUUUAUACUUCUACCGGCGAGCACAUACUGGCUGGCACAAACAAGGGAUGGGUGAACGUCAUCGAUGUCAAAACGAGAAAGACGAUAUACUCGGAGAAACCUUGCAGCGGCGUCAUUACAACACUGCGUCUUAACAAUUCGGGGCGUGUGUUGUUGAUCAAUGCGCAAGAUCGUAUCGUCAGAACCUUUCACAUUCCGAAUCUGGCGGCGGAGGACCUGGACCUCGACACGGUACACUUUACGAAGGAGCACACUUUCUCGGACCAGGUCAACAGGUUAUCUUGGAACCACGUCACGUUCAGCUCCGCUUCCGAAUACGUAGCAGCGUCGACCUAUAAUAAUCACGAGAUAUACGUAUGGGACAGAGGCAUGGGAAGCACAGGAUUGAUCCGAAUCCUAGAUGGACCCAAGGAGGAGCAAGGUGUUGUCGAAUGGCAUCCAGAUCGACCGUUCAUCGCUACGUGUGGCCUGGAGACGGGGAGGAUAUACGUCUGGUCCGUCAUCCCAGAACAGAAAUGGUCGCGACUUGCACCAGACUUUGCGCAGGUCGAAGAGAACCAGGAGUAUGAGGAGAAAGAGGACGAGUUUGAUAUCUACGGUCAGGAGGAAUUGACCAAGAGGCGGCUGGACGCCGAGGACGAGGAUAUUGACGUGGUCAGCUCUGACUUUCUUCACGUGAACAACGGGGGCAAAGAAGCGUUCCGCAUGCCGAUUCUUUUCGAUCUUGGCGAGAGCGACAGCGAAGAGGAGUUUGUCGCGGUAUCUACCGGAACCAUGAGGAGAAGGAGUCCAGGUGCGGACGGUGAGAUACCGGAUAGCGAGGUGAUUGAGGAGAAGAUUCCAUCAAGGAAGGGUGCAACCAAGCCGUCGAAGGCCGGCAGGAGGCGAUGA